UUAUAUUCAUCAAUAUACACAUUGUUCCUUUUGUCAUAUAAUCAAAUCGAACACUUUAUACAUUCUUCCUCGUAUAAUAUAUAUUUUUAGAAACUGCAGAAAUGGAAGCUUUUAACUGUAGCAUCUGUUGUAAAACAUUCAGUCGAUCAGACAAUUUAAAACGUCACUUAUCUUCCAUUCAUAGUAGCAAUAGUCAUUUGAAAAUGAAAAUGUAUAAAUGUAGCGUCUGUUCAAUGCAAAGUACAUAUAAAAACAACGUAAUUAGACAUUUAAAAAGAGUGCAUGCUGUGGAAGAAUGUGAAGAACCAUCAUCAAGUUAUGAACAAAUAAAUGACGACGUUAUCCAACAAAAAGGAGAAACAUCAAUAGUAAAGGAAAAGCCUUCCUCAAGAUUUUGUGAAACUUGCAAUCUUGAAAUAGCAAGAGAAAAAUUCGCUUCACAUGAGAGAAGUUUGUUCCAUAAACAAAAUUCAUGUGUAGAAAUUGAACCUGACAUUUAUUUAAUAAAUUCGGCUUUCAAACGAAACAUUGCAACUUAUAGAAUCAAAUGUGAAAGUCAAAAUGAUUCUACAAUUACAGACAUUUCACUAUUUUUCUCCAAAAUCAAAGAUAAAAUAAUAAAACUAAUUGCUACGGCUCUGCGAGGAACUUCAUUAAAAAUCAAUUUCGAACUAUUUGCUUGCUAUGUUCUUUCCACAAAAGAGAAUGAUGAAGAAGCAAGUAUUAAAAAUGAAGUUAAAUCAUUCAAUAGCAAGUAUGAAAUUGUGACAACUUCGACAAAUUUGAAUGAUAUUUAUUCUCAUUUUUAUAAUGUCUUAAAAACUAAAUCUGAAGAGUUUGAGCAGCAAGAUUCAGGCUGGUCUCUACUAACAUUACUUUUCCUCGAAGUCAAUUUGUUGAAGUAUAAUCCUCUACAUGCAUCAUCGUUUAUACCUCUUCCAUCCGAGAUUAGUUCUAGAAAAGCAGUUGUAAAUGUAAAAAACAAUGACUUAAUGUGUUUUAAGUGGGCUUGUUUAAGUGCACUACAUCCAUCAUUAAAUAAUUCAGAUAGAAUAAUUAAUUACGAAUCAUAUUCAAAUGAACUUAAUUUCAAUGAUAUAUCAUUUCCCAUGGAGUUUAAAAAUAUUUUUAAAUUUGAAAAACAAAAUGAAAAUAUUAGUAUUAACGUUUUUGGUUUAGAGAAGAGUGCUGUGAGUAAUAGCAAAAUGAAAUAUAAUAUUAUAGGUCCUCUUUACCACACGAAAAUUCGUAAAGAAAAUCAUAUAAAUUUACUCUAUCUAGAAUCAGAAAAUGGUAAUAAUGGACAUUUCUGCUGGAUAAAAAACUUGUCUAGAUUAGUGGGUUGUCAGAUAAAUAACCAUGGUCAUGUCCUUUCUAUUUGUGAUGGUUGUUUAGUAUUUUUUCGAAGAAAAAGUGAUCUGGAAGAACAUCUAAACAGAGGAGAUUGUGCCAAAAUUUGUACUAUUUUACCAAAACCGGGCGAACAUUAUCUACAAUUUAAGGAUUUUCACAGAUCAUUUCCUGUACCAUUUACAAUUUACAGUGACUUUGAAACAAUUCUAAAUCCUAUCGAGAAUUGUGAAUUAAAUCCAGAGAAAAAGUAUAUAAUGAAUAGUCAUAUACAUGAAGCUUAUAGUUUUGCAUAUUAUGUUAAAUGCCAUUUUGACAACUCCCUAUCAUUUCUAAGAGAAUAUAGAGGACAAAAUUGUACAUCCAUUUAUAUAAAAUGGUUGAUAGAUGAUGUAAGAGACAUAUACAAGAAGUAUUUUUCUAAUAUAAUUCCAAUGAGAGCACUUACUUUUGAAGAAACUGUAAAACAUGAAGCAGCUACAACAUGUUUCAUUUGCGGAGAACCUUUUUCCACUGCAGCUACUAAUAAUUAUAACAAUGAACGAGAACAAUUAAACAUGAUCAAAGUGCGAGAUCACGACCACUUUACGGGUUUAUACAGAGGGCCUGCACAUAUGAAAUGCAAUUUAAAUUAUCAAACACCCAACUUCAUACCAGUGUUUCUACAUAAUGGCAGUAAUUAUGAUCUACACCUGAUUAUAAAAGAAUUGGCUUUACAAGUAAAAUCACUUGACGUCAUCCCAUUAAAUAAGGAGAAAUAUAUUUCUCUUUCUGCGAAAAUAUAUGUAAACCAUAAUACAUUAAAUGAUGAAGUUAACGAUGGUAAUAUGGAUGAAGACGAAGAAGCAGGAAGAAAUGUAAAGAAAUACAUAAGUUUACGAUUUCUGGAUUCUUACAGAUUUAUGGCUAGUAAAUUGGAUACUUUAGCAAAAAAUUUGGAAAUACAUCAGUUUAUUGAAACGCGAAAAGCCUUCCCAAAUGAUGAAUUAUUUAAUUUAGCUAGAAUGAAAGGCAUUUUUCCAUACGAAUUUGCAAAUUCCUAUGAAAAAUUGGAGGCAACUCGAGAACUUCCUUCAAGAGAGCAAUUUUAUAGUAGUCUAACUGAGACAACUGUAGAAGAGGAAGAAUAUGAACACGCUAAAAGGGUAUGGAAUGCAUUCAAUUGUCAAAAUUUAGCUGAAUAUUCUGAUCUAUAUCUGAAGACGGAUGUCCUUCUUUUAACAGAUAUAUUUGAAGCUUUCCGAAAACUGUGUAUGGACUUAUAUGAUCUAGAUCCUUGUCAUUACUUUACUCUACCUGGUCUAUCUUGGCAGGCAAUGUUGAAAUAUACAAAGGUUUGCUAAUUAUCAUUUUAAAAAGUAGCUGUAAAACUAAUAUAUAGUUAUUUUUAGGUUAAACUAGAACUACUUACAGAUCCAGACAUGUUACAUUUUAUUAGAAAAUCAAUUAGAGGUGGUAUU